CGGAGGGGGAGACGGUCCCAAGAUGGCGGCGCUGCAGGCGGAGCGCGGGUACGGGCUGUCCUGCGGCCGCCUCGGCCGCGGCACCCGCGUCUCCGUCUUCCACGUCAAGCUCACGGAGAGCGCCCUGCGCGCCUUCGAGAGCUACCAGGCCUGUAAGGAUGCUGUGACGUCAAAACCAGUCAUCCAGUUUCAAGGAAGCCAAGGGCACAUCGCCAUCCCCAGGCCCGACCGACCGGCAGAAGUGAGGACCUUCACCUUUUAUCUCUCCAAUAUUGGCAAGGACAGCCCCCAGGGGAGCUUUGACUGCAUCCAGCAGUAUGUAUCCAGCAAUGGCAAUAUCCAUUUGGAUUGCCUGGGAAGCAUACAGGAUAAAAUCACCGUGUGUGCUACUGAUGAUUCCUACCAGAAGGCGAGGCAGAGCAUGGCACAGGCAGAGGAGGAGACUCGCAGCCGGAGCGCCAUAGUCAUUAAACCUGGGGGGAGAUAUGUAGGCAAAAAGGUUCAGGUGCGUAAACCUGCACCAGGAGCUUCCGAUGCUGUUCCCUCCAGGAAGCGCCCAACGCCAGUCAACCUUGCCAGUGCAAUAAAGAGAGGCAAUAGUGCGAUUUCCCAGAGACCCUUCAAAGAUAGGGUUGUGCACUUACUGGCACUAAAGCCUUAUAAGAAACCUGAACUUAUUCUCAGAUUGCAGAAGGAUGGACUUUCUCAGCAGGACAAGGAUUUGCUGGAUAACCUUCUGCAACAGGUGGCAAAUCUGAGUGCCAAGGACAGCACUUUCACACUGAAAGAUUGUGUAUACAAAGAAGUGCAGAAGGACUGGCCUGGCUACUCAGAAGGAGAUCAGCAGUUGUUGAAGAGGAUCCUCGUUAGGAAGCUGUGCCAGCCCCAGAACAGCGGCGCUUUCCAGGGAGAAGCUCCUUCCCUGAGCCCUCCAAAGGACACCCUCAACUCCAGCUCUCCCCCUCAGAAACGAUCCCAACCUCUGGAGUUCAUCGACCCUUUGGCCAACAAAAAGCCCAGGAUCUCACAUUUGGCUCACAGGACCCAACCCACUCUCAACGGGAAGCUGAAUUCCUCCAACGGGAAGGACACCCUGGCCCCCCCUGCCCUGCCCCAGGCUCUGCCCGAGCCCGUGAGCUCCAGCUCCUCCCUGCCUGCCCUGGAGCUGCCCAGGCCUCACGAUCCCCUGUCGGAUGUCAGCAAUGACCUGACUCACAACGGCAGAGACUGUGAGAACACGGAGCCUCCCGACAGACUGAGUCACCCCCUGCCCACAGACUGUGCCCAGAGCAGCAAACACAACUGCGGCUCCUACGUCAAAUCCAAGAAAAAAUCCAAAAAGCACAAAGACAAGGAGAAGGAGAGGAAGGAGAAGAAGAGCGAGGAGAAGUGCAAAGAGGAGAAGCAGAACUGUGAAGUAAUAAAAAAUGCUGACUUAGUUAGUGUUCCCCAGGAGCAGGUCCCAGGUUUAAAUGGAACAUGCAAUAAUUCUAGUGUACCAACAUCAACUUCAGAAAUGCCAGAUUAUUUAUUAAAAUACGCAGCCAUUUCCUCCUCGGAGCAGCGUCAGAGCUACAAAAACGAUUUCAACGCGGAGUACAACGAGUACAGGGACCUGCACGCCCGGAUAGAGAGGAUAACCCGACGGUUCACCCAGCUGGAUGCCAAGCUGAAACAACUUCUGCAGGGCUCUGAGGAAUACAAGACCAUCCACGAUCAAAUUUUACAGGAAUAUCGGAAAAUUAAAAAGACAAACCCCAAUUACAGCCAAGAGAAGAAUCGCUGCGAAUACCUCCACAACAAACUGGCCCACAUCAAAAAACUGAUAGCAGAGUAUGACCAGCAGCAGUUUUAGCUGCCACUCACCCCUGGACUGGGUAGGGCAAACCAAAAUCCAGUCACCCUGGACGUUACGUUCCCUUUUAUACACCCAAACUCCCUUUCAGAGACGAGCAUUAAUUCCUCGUGGUUGAAGAACUUGGGGAUGACUUUUAAGAUGCCACAUCUGUCAUGUCCACGUCCAGCACGCUCCUCCCGAGUUUUUUAAGCCUCUCUGAAUGUUGGAAUGUAACAAAUGGAUAACAAAAACAAACAGACAA